AUAUAUGUGUUUUUUUUCUAAAAUAUUGAUUAUUUUAUAAUUUCUAAAUUGUAAAAAUAAUCUGAAGAUAUUCUAAAAAAGAUUUUCAAUGAGCCACCAUAAAAAUAAAUCUAAUGGAAAGUUAACCGAUGCUAGAAGAGAAUCAGCAUGGGAUCAACUAACUAAGGUACGCAAAACUCCAACUACAGGGUCUCGACAGAAUUCCAUGAACCGAACAAUGCAGCGUUUUCAGCUCAUGAAAAAAUUAGCAGCAAAUCACAAUCAUCAAGAAUUAUUGCGAAAACAACAACUACAAGAAGAACAACGCCAUCCAAAUACUCCUGAGCAACGUGAAAGUCCUCGUGGUCCUUUGACAGGUACGAAUCCUAUUGGGGACAAUCGCAACUUUGAUCUACCAUCACCGAGUCCUAUGCUAGAAAGGAAUAAUCAGGGAUGGAACAAAACAUCCAAGAUUUUGUCAAACCCAAAAUCAAAGCGUCACCAUUCAUACAAUGCUAAAUUUCCUAGAAGCCCUCAUCGUAGUUUGCCACAUCCUAAACGGAAUGACCAUCUACAGUUGUCUUGUGUAAAGCCGGAAAUGGAUAGUCAAGGAUAUUUCAAACCAUCCAAAUCCUCAAAGCUCAUUAAGGAAAUGCUCAAUGCCAGAAGUUUGAAAAAUACCAAAAGCUCUGUGGAAAAGGAGACAUCACUACAUCAGCAUGGUACCAAAAGAAUAGCUUUACCUGAACAAUUUGAGACUUCGAGCUCUAAAACUCUUAUAGGCAGCAACCCUCAUAAUACUGACCCCAAUGAAAAUGUAGAGAAAUCACCUACUCGAAUUAGUAGGAAGAAUAGAAUUUCACCUACCCUACAAAAGCCUAUAAGCCCCAAGACCUAUAUAGGCGAUAUCAGCAAUAAUACUGGGCUCGAGGAAGGUCUGGAGGAAACCGAGGAUGAAUACAAAUUAGCCCCUUUGAUGUUCUCAUCCGCCCAUUGCGACUUAAACAGCAGCCAACAUAUUUUGCAAAGCUUUCAGGAAGUUCUUCAACAGCGAGGCGAAAGCUCCAUGGCAGCUGAAGAGUUGAAGAUAGUAAAGCAGGUCAUAAAACAUGAUGAACGUUAUCAUCAGGUGGAUAAAAAUAAUACUUCAUUGUUAAAGGAUAUACUCAAGACCCAAUUGCAGGAUAUCCUUAAACAGCAGAAGGUGGUUAAGCAAGCUUUAAGAAAAUUGGACUCGGAGGUAAGCAUAGCAAGUUGUGAAGUGCUAGACUUAGAGCCUCUUAACAAUAAGGCAAAUGAUACUCAAAACCCUGAAGACGAAGACACCAAGAUAUUAAAAGUUGACGAGGUUUCUAAAAAUUGUUCCUCUCUAGAAAGGGAAAUUCUCAUACUCAAAGCUUUGGGAGAAAAGCUUGAGCUCAAUUUAAAUCGUGUAAGCUCACAAAGGAACUUUUAUUUCAAAACCCCCCAAGACCACCAGAUAAUGGAGAAACCCCCUUUACAAGAAAUACCUACCCCUAGAGACAAUAAGAUGCCCUUGAUCCAAAUGAAAAAGAAAAGUUUCAUUUUGCUCUUCGAGCACUAUGCCCUAAGCGAAGUACAUAUCCAAGGUGUGAUAGUAAUAACCGCUGUAGCUCAAGAGUUUCGCAUAGCUCAAAAAUCCUUAGUCGAUCUUAAACAGGAGGCCAAAUGUCCAUUUUAUAUACCCCUGAAUACAAAUACAACGAUUGAAUUGAAGAAGACUUCCUUUGAGCAGCUGAGGGAAAACCCCGAUAUGCUUUUAAAACAAAUCAAGCCAAAAAGUCCUAAGGUCAACUUUAAUUUUCUGGACCACGAUCCCUUAUUUUUCCAUGACAUAUUGUUUAACAAUAAGAAAAAUGUGCAAGAAGCUUUAAAUGUUGAUGCGGCGGAAGAUGCAAUAGAGAAAGUGGAAGAGAGACCAUUAUUGAAUGAAAAAGUGGAAACUUCCAAUGUAAAUUCUUCCAUUGCAUUGAAUUUGGCAGAAAAUGACAAACACAUUGAAAUAUCCCCUGAAUCUGAUCAUCAAAUGAUGGUGAAAAGUAAGAAGCGCUCAAGAAUUACACGCCGCUAUGUUACCCCUUUGCCUUUGGAUAAGCCUAAUAUCAGUCCAAAGAACAACCUCUGCAAAACCAUUCUUAUAGGUGGAGUACAAAUUUCCUGUUUUCUGCUUUUGAUUAUUGCCUUUACUUUACCAGAUGUUAAGUGCUAAAGCUUAGACUAGCCAAAUUCGAAUUUUUUCUUAGCACUUUUUUUUU